CCCCCACCAACCACAAAUACCCCCAAUCUUCACUCACUGACAAUUACCCCCAACCCCCCACUGAGCCCUCCGACGUUCACCUGCCCUCCCCGGCCAGGGGUUCCCUGGCGCAGGCACGGUUUCGGUGAGGAGACCACGAGAGGGCGGGGCACGGGGAGAGAGAGGGGGCGGAGAGCGAUCGGGCGCCAUGCGAAUGCAGCUGGUUGGCUCUCGUUGUCGCUGCGGCUGGGGAGUGGCUUUGUGCCCGGGGUGGGAGGGGCGAUCUUCCCGUUGUCUCCCCACCCCACCUCCCACUGUCCAGGAGGGAAUGACUCCAACGGGAUCAUCUCCACCCAGGCCGUCGCUGUCUGCCAUGUCGUUCCCAACAGCCACCGGGGAGUGAGCGCGCUCAGUAACGUCACCGGACUCAUCCGCAUCCAGGCGAAGAGACAGAACGGGACGGAGGUGAGGUUGGAUCUGUCGGGAUUUCCGGGAGACCAGGGAGCACACGGAAUUCACGUUCACGAGUUCGGGGACCUGAGCGAUGGCUGUGAAUCACUGGGUGGGCACUUUAACCCACACCACAGGCAGCACGGCAGCCACGCUGGGGAUCUUGGGAAUUUCCGCCCUGGACCAGACGGUUCUCUCCAUGAGACUCUGACCGGAGUCAGGCUCCAACUGAAGGGGGCGCACUCCAUCAUUGGCCGAUCUAUCGUGGUCCACGAGAACGAAGACGACAUGGGUGUCCUGGAGGUGGUCGGGAGCCGCGACCACGGCAACGCCGGGCGGCGCCUGGCCUGCUGCAUCAUCGGGCACGGCAACAGCCGCCACUGGCCCUCGGAACCGCCCACGCCCAGUGGCAGCUGGGUGUCUGAGGCCCGGCUAAGCGAGUUCCCAAUCUGGGGACGCGUCCACGAGAACGAAGACGACAUGGGUGUCCUGGAGGUGGUCGGGAGCCGCGACCACGGCAACGCCGGGCGGCGCCUGGCCUGCUGCGUCAUCGGGCACGGCAACAGCCGCCACUGGCCCUCAGAACCGCCCACGGGUGUCUGAGCCCCCGAGACGCGAGUUCGUCGCGGGGGAGGGGGGGUCCCGGGGUGUGGGUGGGGGUCAGGGGCGUGACUGCGGAAGGGAGUUCCCCCCCCCCCACAUCCCUCGGUUCACCGUCGAGGAGUUUUCCGGGUGGUGAGACCCCGUGGCAUUGCUCCCCGUGCGAGCGGCGCACAUUCCUGGAACGGCCGAUUGGAGGGGGGGUCGGGUGAAGUGUUAAAGGCCGCCUAUCACCGUGGCGACCCUCAGGAAAGGGGGCCCUCCCUGGGCCUUGCUCCCCCUCGUCUCCCCCACCCCCAUUAAAACAGACAAGAAAAGUGAAA